AUGUCGCAGAAGAAGAUUUUCCUGGUCUUUGUCGCCAUCAGCACUGUCAGUCUUUUGCUGCACCAUGGGGGACACCUGAGCUGGACCAUGGAAGCCUUCCAUCUCGGCUGUUCCACCCUGCGGUCCCACCCGUCGCCGGGCCUGAAGCCUAAACACACCAGCGUGGCUUUCCUCAAGACCCACAAGACGGCCAGCACCACCAUGCAGAACCUGCUCUUCCGCUUCGCCGAGCGCAACAACCUGACGGUGGCGCUGCCGGUGCAGGCCUGCGGCCACCAGUUCUGCUACCCCCGCUCCUUCACCUCCCACUUUGUCCACCCCCACACCCUGCCGCCCAGCAUCAUCACCAGCCACAUGCGCUUCAACAGGGCCGAGCUGCGGCGCCUCAUGCCCAACGACACGGUGUACGUCACCAUCCUGCGAGAGCCCGCCUCCAUGUUUGAGUCGCUCUUCAGCUACUACAACCAGUACUGCCAGAGCUUCAAGAGAGUUCCCAACGGCUCCCUGGAGGCCUUCUUGGAGGAACCCUGGCGUUACUACCGGCCAGAUGAGAAGGACUCCAUGUAUGCGCGUAACACCCUGACCUUUGACCUCGGCGGGGACAAGGACCGGCCGGCAACGGACGUGGCAUAUGCGAGGGCCUUUAUGGCAGAAGUGGAACGCGUCUUCUCCUUGGUGAUGAUCGCAGAGCACUUCGAUGAGUCCUUGGUUCUCCUACGGCACCUCCUCUCCUGGGACCUGGACGACGUGCUCUACGUGAAGCUCAACAUGCGCACACCCAGCUCCAAGCGUAGCCUGACGCCGGGCCUCCCCGCCAAGAUCCGCACAUGGAACUCACUGGACGCACGGCUUUACGAUCACUUCAAUGCCUCGCUGUGGCGCCAGCUGGCGUCCCUGGGCCAGGCCUGCGUUUCCAGGGAGGUGCGCCUCCUCCGCAGGGCCCAGGAGCGGCUGAUGAGGAGCUGUUUUGGUGGGCGGAUGCCGCUCCUCCGCUCAGCAGCGCAGAUCAAAAACAAGGACCUGCGCCCCUGGCAGCCCAGCGCCAAAGUCGACAUCGUGGGCUACGACCUCCCAGCCAACCUCAGCCGUGAAACCUCCGGCCCGGCACAGGAGCACUGCCUCAAGCUCAUCAUGCCGGAGGUGCAGUACACGCGCGUUCUCCUGCGCUCCCAGUCGCUGAGGUACCGGCGGGGUCACCAGCAGCAGUCUCAGCCCCCCCAGCAGCCACUGCGUUCGGUCCUACCACGGCAUCUGCAGGUGGGGAUCCACCGCAGCCAGUCGCCUCCUGCACUUCCAGGUCCCAGACCAGGACCGGACUCCACUUCCACCCCACGGCCUGCUGCGGGGACCCUAAGCCGGACCACCCGGCUUGGACUUAGACCCUCACAGGCCCACGCAUCAUAG